GCAGCAGCACAGAGCCGCUGCACCGCUGCGCUGCACUGAUGCAAAGUUCACGUCCAAGCGGAAACAUAAGGUGCAGACCGCAAACCGAGGAGGAUGACAGAGAAAAGACGUGGUGAAGUCGUGUCAUUGUGAAGGGACUGCGCUCUAACUGUAUUUAAAGCUGGCCUAAAGUGAACGGAAUGAAAACACAGAACCCCCCCCACCUGGAAACCACCGGGGAACUAAGUGGAUUGAAGAAGGCAGAGAGCGAGUGAGGGAGUCAGAGAGGGAGGGAAGACAGAAGGGAUUAGCAGCUAAUCCAGCGCAUGGACAAUCCUGGAUGAGCCGUAUUUUUUCUUCCAGGAUGAUGCAAACAAAACAGUCGCUGGAUUAAGGCACUUUACUUUAUUGCCCCUUUUGAGAAAGCCUCUUUUUUGCCUCAGCUCUGAUUGUGCUGCUCAAAGGUCUGACAUCUUGGGUGCAGAGGGGCCAGGAGGACAGAGAACAAAGUAAUGGGGUGACAGGAUGUCCCAUGGACAGCGUGGCGCUACACAUGGAUAAACCUCUUUAGUGGGAGACGGUGCAUGGCAGUGGACCCCCUCCCCAGUCUCUCUGCUUUGACUUUGACGAAGACAACUGCAUGAGACGCACAAGGUCUUCUCAAAAGUUGAGCUCUACUGAAGAUGGAAAAAGGAGUCACUGCCCUUGCGGCCGGACCUUGUUUUUCUUAACUGUCAUUCGCUGAACCAGAUCUGAACAAGAGUCCAAACUCUCCGACCACAUAAGCUGUGUGGACCCUGAACUGGGAUUUAAAAUUGACUGACAUGUAAUCAGAGCUCACACGCUGUCAUUCACAUUAAAGGGAAAUUAUACAACUUUUCUGCUGCCAUGAGUCUGGGAAAACUGCCAGGGAUUAAGGGCCUUGUAUCGGGCUCUCAAGGGAAACGUCGUUUCAAGAGCGAACUCUCUGUGGACAUGAUCAGCCCGCCGCUGGGUGACUUCAGACAUACUAUGCAUGUGGGCCGUGGCGGAGAAGUGUUUGGUGAUACUUCCUUCCUUAGCAACUAUGGGGGCAUCAGGGAGCCAGGAAGUCCGGACUCGUCAAACAGCUCCAAGACAACCGGGUUCUUCACCCGCACCUUUCGGCAUGUGCGGAAGAACUCUGGGCCUCGACCGCGAGGGGGCUCCCGUGACCUGUCAUCCCCGCCACCUGACAUCUCACCCAUCAUCAAGAACGCUAUCUCCCUUCCGCAGCUGAACAUAGACUCCCCCAAUGGGUGCCUACAGAGGGUGCUGUUCUCCAGCUCCAUCAGCACGACAGAUGACUCCCUCUGCUCAUAUGGUCUGCAGUCUGGAUUUGUCACUCUGCCCCGCUUCUCUCGCCUUGACAGACAGUUUCAAGAUGGAGACGUCCGGAAAGGGUCUUUAACCGACAGCGGAGGCAUCACACUGUCACGCUCAGACUCCCUCACCUCGUUCACUGUAGACCUCGGCCCUUCCCUUAUGACUGAGGUACUGAGCUUGAUUGACAACCCCAGCUGCCUUCAGAUGUCCAAUCACAGCCAGGCAGUAGAUGAGGAAGAAGAAGAAGAGGACGACAGCUCUCUGGCAGAGACACCUGUGCAGAGCCCUUUGAUGACUUCUCCCAACCCUUCCAUGGGAAGCGGGUCAUUCAGCAGUAACAUGAACAACAGGGGGCACUCUUGCAGCUCUAACUGGACAGAGCAAGAGGAGGAGAGGAGGUCACAGAGGACACCAGAUGCAUGUACUGGGUCUCCUCAGAGAGCGGAGCCUGCCAUGGAGGCAGAGAGGUUUCAGAGGGCAGCUGACGUACUGUCUCGUCAUUAUGGUGGAGGGUCCUUCACAAGGGGAUCAAGGACGAGCAUCAACACCACCUCUCCUGCUUUUUCCCAAAGCCCCAAAACACCAUAUGCCUUUUCUGAAGAGGAGGAAGAGAUCAAAGUCUAGAUGUUGAAACUUGGAAAAAGAGUAAGGACUGCAUCGAUUAAAUAAAACAAACAAACAAAAACUUCACAUGACCUGAGUUCUGGAUUCAUUUCUGGUCAGAGAGGCUGAACUUGUCCAUAGAAAUAUCCUUCCUCUUCUCACAGGGGACAUCAUUGAUCAGCUACCAUAUCCUGGUGUUUAUUCAGUGUCUGCAGGAUGAAUGUUUGAUGAUGAUCUUGACUCUGGACCUUCCCCUUUCUGUGCACUACUAUCUAAACUAAUCUAAACAUAUAAGUCACUGAAUGACUCUGACAUCACAAAAUGGAUUCCUGUCAGGACAAACUCUUGAUAAUGUAAUAAUGACUUUUAGUUUUAUUAGUAACAAAGAUUAAAACCUGCAUUAACUAUACUUGUGACUGGAGACUACAGUGGAGCCCCAUACAUUUUGAAUGGACUUUUUCUAUUUUUUAUUCACAGUAUACAUAAUCACUUACUCCAUAAUCAUGAUGUUCAAUGUCUUUACAUAAAUAAGGAAGUUCAGGGUCAAAGGUCUGAGGCGUCAAGCUGAAUCUGAGGAACAGAGUUUUAUAACAACUGUGAUAAAACCUCUGUAUAUUGUGAAUAAAUUAACUGUUAUCAGGAAUAAUGGUGUUAAAACUCAGUUAGUUGUACAAUUACAGCUGAUAUUCCUCCCAGUGUCUAUGAGAUGACUGCAUCUGUAACAUCUAUAUAGGAUUGUUUAUCAAGCUUUUAUCAGUAUUAGUUUACGUUUUUCUAAAAUGAUAUGGCUGAUGUAAUAAAUGCUUGAUUCAAAA